AUGGGAAAGAUUGCGACCAUCGAGUACUUCAGAGUACCACCGCGAUGGCUGUUUGUCAAAAUCACCGAUGUCGACGGGAACUUCGGCUGGGGUGAAGCUUCCCUUGAAGGUCACACGCAAGCAGUUGAAGGAUGUUUGGAUGCUUGGGCAGCGCGCUAUGUCGGUUUUGAAGCAGACGACAUUGAGCACAUCUGGCAGAUGUCUUGGCGCACCAGCUUCUACCGCGGCGGCCCUGUCUUCAUGAGUGCAUUGGCAGGUAUCGAUAUUGCCCUCUGGGAUCUAAAAGCGCGGAAACUAAACGUACCAAUCUACCAACUGCUGGGAGGUAAAGUCCGAGACCAGUUGAAAGUAUAUGCUUGGAUCGGUGGAGAUCGACCAAGUGAUGUUAAAGAACAAGCUGUUAGCCGUAAAGCACAAGGAUUUCACGCUGUAAAAAUGAACGCCACCGAGGAUAUUGGUUGGCUCGAUAGCCCCUCCAGCCUCGAGUCCGCCGUCGACCGUCUCAAAACAGUUAAAGAGUUGGGAAUGGACGCUGGCAUGGACUUCCACGGUCGCGUCCAUAAGCCAAUGGCUAAACAACUAGCCAAAGCUCUCGAACCGCAUCAGCCCUUGUUUAUCGAAGAGCCGCUACUAUCAGAGCACAUUGGCGGUAUCACCUCUCUACACACUCAGACCUCCAUUCCCAUCGCGCUCGGCGAGCGUCUCCACUCACGCUGGGACGUGCGCCCCUUCCUUGAAGCAGGCUGCGUCGAUAUUCUGCAGCCUGACAUUUCGCAUAUCGGCGGUAUAUCCGAGAUGAAGCGAAUAGCAGCCAUGGCGGAAGCCUACGAUGUAGCUAUUGCUCCCCACUGUCCUCUUGGUCCGAUCGCACUCGCAGCUUGUGUCCAAGUCAAUUGCACAAUCUCGAAUUUUACUAUCCAAGAAAUGAGCCUUGGCAUUCAUUACAACGCUGGUAGCGAGGAUCUUACGUCGUAUACGAAGAAUCCGGAGGUAUGGGAUGUGAAGGACGGUUUUAUUCGCCUGAUGGAAGGGCCAGGUUUGGGCAUUGAUGUCGACGAGGAGUGGGUGAGGAGAGAAAGUAAGGAGGCCAAGGCUUGGUUGGUUCCUGGAUUCAUUGGGCCUGGGGGUGAGAUUAGAGAGUGGUAG